AUGGCGGCCCAGCAGCAGAAGAGUGGGAAGCCUUGGAGUGGCACGAACAAAAUCCCUAACAUCAAAGAGUUCGUCACUCUUCUCGAUAAAGACAAGGCCCAGAGAGACAGGGAACUUGAUUCCAGUCCAAACCAACAAGCAGCUCGCUCCAAUGAAGCGACCCCCCACAAGAAUGAGAAGCAGAAGACAUCUGGGAAAACCGUCACCGAUCCCGUCACCGGCAACAAGGUUUUGAUCGCCAAUGUGGGCAAAGAGUACAUGACGAGGGCGGACAACCCUCAGCUUUCUGUCCCCAAUGCCAAUCUAGGCAAACCCACACCUGUCAAGACAGAUCCCUCUCAGAGUAAUCCAGAAUACAAGGAGAAACAAGACAUAACAGCACCUCCGGAUCCGAUUGCCGAGGGGAGCACUUCCGAUGUUCCCAUCCACGGUGAAAAGACCAAUAUUUUGUUCCACCCGACACCUUCCGUCAGCUAUGAGCCCAUGUUCGAGCUGCUCGAGAAGCGUGCGGGGGGCCUUUGCAUUGCCAUCUUACUCUCUGUCGUCAUACUCGGCAAAAUGUUCGGAGGGUCUCUCAAAGGUCUGAUCCCUUUGGGAAUGUGUCUGGCUUCGGGCGUUUGGCUUUGGAUGAAAGAGGUCUUGAGAAGUGGACGCGAGGUCGAAUGGAGCAGUGAGCAGCACAGAGGGGAAACGGCGGUCGCGAACCUCCUACCCGAGUCCGUUGAAUGGAUGAACACCUUUCUCGGCGUUGUCUGGGGGCUCAUUGACCCGGAAAUGUUUGCUGGAGUGGCAGAUACCUUGGAAGAUGUCAUGCAAGCCUCUGUUCCCGGUGUCAUCAACAAUGUCCGAGUCGCAGAAAUCGACCAGGGAAACAACCCCCUUCGAAUCCUGAGCUUGCGCGCACUGCCCGACUCCAGGGUGGCGGACCUAAAACAGAGUAUUCAUGAGGAGAACAAGAAGAUAAAAGACCCUCAAGAGGCAGCCGCCGACGAAGAAGGCGGCGACUACUACAACCUAGAGGUCGCCUUUGCCUACCAUGCCAAACCUAGCGGAGCUAGCGCAGCUUCCAAAGCACGAAACAUGCACAUGAACCUCGUCUUCUACCUUGGCGUCAAAGGAUUGAUCGGCGUGCCCUUACCUAUUUUCGUUGAACUCCAGGAACUGGUUGGGACCAUACGGCUGCGGCUACAGAUGACCCCGGAACCACCGUUCGCGAAGAGCCUUACCUUCACUCUGAUGGGUGUCCCCCAUGUUCAAGCAGGCUGUAUUCCAAUGCUCAAGCACGGGGUUAACAUCCUCAACCUGCCUCUGAUCUCAAAUUUUGUCAACUAUGCCAUCGGAGCAGCCGCCAGCAUGUAUGUUGCUCCCAAGUCGAUGCAACUUGACCUCAAAUCAAUGCUGCAAGGAGACGACAUCACCAAGGACACCCAGGCCAUUGGGGUCAUGUGGAUUCGAAUCCAUCGCGCCAUCGGACUCAGCAAACAAGAUCGUCGCGGCAGCAAAUACGGCGGAAGCGAUCCUUACAUCAACUUGUCCUUUUCCAAAUAUGGCAAGCCGAUGUACUGUACUCGUGUGAUUUGCGAUGACCUCAAUCCAGUGUUUGAGGAGACCACCGCCCUUCUGGUCACGCCAGAGCUGAUCAAGGCUGAUGAACAGCUAAGCGUUGAGUUGUGGGACUCGGAUCGCAACUCUGCAGAUGACAUGGUUGGCAAGGUGGAAUUGUCGAUGCAGAAAAUGAUUCAGCAUCCGAGCAAAAUGUACCCGCAGAUCUCCAAAUUAUCUGGCGUCCAAGACGGUACCGAGAUGCCAGGUGAAUUGCACUGGGAGGUUGGCUACUUUGGCAAGCCCAAGUUCCGCCCCGCCUUGCGCACCGACGGGAAGGACAAGAACUUGCCUGCUAAACUGCAGGAUGAUGCACAAUUUCAAGACGAAAAGGGUACACUUGACACUGAAGAUUCCGAUGCCGUCGCCCAUACUCCUCCUGACCCCUUGUGGCCCAGUGGCAUCUGCAGCGUUGUCGUGCAUCAAAUCGUCAGCUUGGAACUUGAAAAUAUCAAAGGCAGUCAGGGGAACAGAAAGGGCAAAGAAUUUGAGCCAGCCAAGCCGUUCGGUGAGGCCACCGAAGAGGAAUCCAUCAGAUUGCCAACUUCAUAUUGCACCAUCCUGUUCAACGACAUGCUUGUCUACCGCACUCGAGCCAAGGCGGUCAGCAGCAAGCCCAUCUUCAAUGCCGGAACAGAGCGAUUCAUGCGUGACUGGCGAUCCGGUAUUGUCACGGUCACCGUUCGUGACCAGCGGAAUCGGGAGCAUGAUCCCAUUUUGGGCGUGGUGCCUCUGCGCCUGUCGGAACUGCUCACCACCAGUUCUCAGGUGACGAGAUGGUAUCCGCUUGACGGGGGCAUUGGUUUUGGCCGCAUCAGAAUCUCCGUCCUCUUCCGGAGCAUAGAACUCAAGCUUCCUCCCAAGAUGCUGGGCUGGGACGUUGGUACUUUCGAGUUCCUUUCUGAUCAGAUCGUGACCAAGGGCUGGAAGGACAACACCAAGCUCAAACUUCGCACCGGUGGCAGCACGGGCACGAUCCCGCGCACUCACUGCCACAGCAAUGAGACAGGCGACGGCGUGUACUGGGACGUUUCGACAGAGAACAAUCGCCAUAUGCGCCUGCCAGUCAGGUAUCGAUAUCGGUCCCCGGUCAUUUUCGAGUUCCAUGUGACGGGCAAACGCGGUGCGGCCGCUUAUGCGUCGAUCUGGUUGCAGAAUCUCGUUGACAAUGAGGAGACCCCGAUCGAUAUCCCCAUCUGGAAGACGAAGAACGGCAGCCGCCUCGUGCAGAACUACAUCACCGAAGAGAACGUCCAAGGCUUCAAGGACAAGGGCUUGGAAGAUCUGCAGGAGGUCGGGCGAUUGCAAUUCCGUGGCCGCUUCAAGGCCGGGAUGGAUGAAUCGCACCGAGACUUCGUGGUGGACAACGACACACGCGAGACUUUUGAGACGUGGGAAACGUGCAUGACGGAGGGUGUACGCGAGCGGGUAGUCGAGGCCGAGGUACCGGCAAGCAUCCAACAGAUGCACGAGGCUUCUUUGACUGAAGGUCGAGAUAUCCUCCAGCAACAGGCAUCGGAGGAGGAGCGCCGCAAGUGGCUGAGCAGGACGGGAGAAGAUUGGUCCGGCGCCUUCACCCAUGAUCCGCGGGCGUACACCAACAAACAGCAUGAAAAGAUUGCCGAGCCAGGCGUUGAUGACCCGCCGCAUGAUCCUUAUCAUCCAUCAAGUGACGAUGGGGACGAUGAUGGAGACAGCAGCUCGUCGUCCGAUCUGGGCAUAAAUGAUGCUACCAGCGCUCGGGACGAGAGUGAGACCGCCCACACGAAUGGGGUGAGAGGGCUCAAUGGCAGUGCCGGCCGACCAAGUGCGGACACGACGACAACAGCUGACACCAACUACACGACUAUGACGGAAGCGUCGACAGAUUCGGUGCUGCCCGUGGCGAAAAAGGAUGCCAGGUGGGAUGCAAAGGCGGGCAAGCGAGCGGAAACCCGUAAACAUCGAGGACUGUCGCAGUGGACGCCAGCACGGAAUGUCAAGUUUGCAAAGGAUGAAGCGAAGAUUGGAAUGAGCAAAAUCAAGAAAAGAUUUACGGGAGGCUUGGGCGGAAGAGAGCCCGGUGUCGAGACUGAGACCGGCAGCUAA